AUGACGAAAAAUAAGUUAUUUGACGAAGAUUCAGAAGAAGAAGUUGCCAUUAAAACAGAAAAUGCGUACGCAAAAAAGUAUGAUGCUUGGCGUGAAAAGGAAGAGAAACAUAAAUUAGAACAAAAAUAUGGGACAAAAGCACUUAACUCUGAUGCGUCUGAGUCUACUGAUAGUGAAGACGAAAGUGAUGAACCUUUGGAAGUGUCGGAAGAAACAGAGGCACAAUUCCUCAAGACCCUCUCACUAUUAAAAACAAAAGACCCUAGAAUUUAUGAUCCCAGCUAUAAUUUCUUUGAUGAGAAAGUAGAAAAAGAAAAAGAGAAGGAAAGCAACAACAAGAAGGUAGUCUUUGCAGACAGUGACUCUGAUGAUGAUGAUGAUGAUGGUGCUAAUAUAUUUAGCAUAGAAAAGAAAGCUGAGAUAGACAAAGAAAAACAAGAUCAUCACAACUUGAACAAAGAUGGCAAAUUGAAGGACUAUUUGAUAGGGAAAGUAGAGCAUGUAGAUGAGGAUGUGGAAAAGGACCUUGCUCCAUUAAAAGCUCUUUGGUCUGACCCCAAGCUUAAUGAGGGAGAGGCCUUCCUCAGGGACUACAUAUUAAACAAAAGGUACUUAGAAGAAGGCGACGCUGGGGAAGCUGAGGACAGGAUACGGGACGACGCUGAUUUGGAGGCCGACGAGGAGAUUGUGGAAGAACAGGGCAAGUUUGAACGCGCCUAUAACUUCCGCUUCGAGGAGCCAGACGAAGAAUAUCUGAAACGCUUCCCGAGAACAAUGAACUACAUCCGUCCGAAAGACGAUCGUCGGUCGAGAAAGCGUGCUGAAAUACGCGCCCGGAAAGAAGAGGAGAAGAAAAAGAAGAUGGAGGAGAUUGCGCGGCUGAAAGCGCUCAAGCUGAAGGAAAUACAAGAGAAGAUCGCUAAGCUGAAGGAAGUCACCGGCAAUCAGGAUCUGGCUUUUAAGGAUGAAGAUAUCGAAGGUGACUUCGACCCUGAGGAACACGACAAGAGAAUGAAGGCGAUCUUCGACGAACAGUACUAUGGGGAUGCGGACGAUGAGAAGCCGGUGUUCCCUGAUCUUGACGAGGAAUUGGAGAUUGAAAAUUGGGAUAAUUAUGAAAAUGAGUACAACGAAGUACAGCAGGGUGAUGAUGAAGGGCCGCACUGCGAGGAUGAUGAUUUUAAUAUGGACGCUGACUACGACCCCAAGAAAGCGCGAGAGAAUCUUCUGGAAGAAUUGAAACGCAACAUGGGAAAGAAACGAAGGAACAGAAAACGCAAGUCCAAGCUGGCAGAGCUCCUGGCACAAGAGAAACCGAAAUUUGUCCCGGAGGAAGAGAAGAGCUACGCCCAGUUUAUGGAGGAGUACUACAAGAUGGACUGCGAGGAUAUCAUAGGUGGAGAUCUGCCCACCAGAUUCAAGUAUCGAGAGGUUGUGCCCAAUGACUAUGGCCUGUCCAUAGAGGAGAUUCUUCUAGCGGACGAUAAAGAGCUGACGCAAUGGGUGCCUCUGAAGAAAAUCGUGAGACACCGCCCUCCCACGGUGGAGAAGGGAGAGGUGAAGACUUACGCGAUGAAAGCAGCCGACAUACAACUCAAGAGAAAAAUAUUGCCAAGCCUGUUCAAAGAAUUGCCGCAGGAACCUGAGCUAGUAGUUCCAGUUGAAGAGAUAAGCAAAAAGAAAAAAAAGAAAAAGAAGAAAGUAAAAACAAAUGAUGAUGUAGAAGAAAAUAUAGAACAUAAUGAGGAAGUUCUAGAAAACGGAAUUAAAACUGAUGACGUGGAGGAGCAGAAGGAUAAAACAAAUCCAGAUGUUAAAAAUAAAAAGGAAAAACGCAAAGAAAGUAAUAAAAAAGCCGAAAAGUUAAAUAACGAGUCUGCUGAAGAGGUGCAAAGUGAAACUGUUAAAAGAAAAAAUAAGAAAAAGAAAAGUAAAAACGAUUUUAUCGUUGAGGAUGUUUUAACUAAUGAAGAACCAAGCACAGUUAGUGAUGUAACUGGCAAUUUCACUGAAUCUAAAUCAAACAAAGAAAAGAAUAAAUUGAAAAACAAUACAGAAGGCGACAAAGAGCAAAGCGGUACAUUAAAAAGAAAAUUGGACUUAAAUACACAAGAUAACCAAGAAAUUCCAAGAAAAAAGAAGAAAAAGCACAAACUCAAUCAAACGGACUCGCAAAUUCCAUCGAAUAAAAAGCAAAAUAACAAGAAUAAAAACAAAAACAAGUACAAGCCUAAACAGGAUAAUGGAAAGUCAGACAAUCCUUUGAACAAAUUAUCCGAUGAGAGACUGAAGGCAUAUGGAUUGAAUCCGAAGAAAUACAGGGGCUUCUUGAAAUACAAGAAGUUUUAA